AAUGCCCAUCUUUAAUUACGAGCAGCCCGGUCGAGCCCUGCCAUCCUGUCCCUUUCGAAUCGUCCCGUCGCGCCUUAGUCGUUAUUGCCGCAUCGUUUACGGCCUUGCUUCAUAUACCACGGCUCUGGGUACCUCGACCGCCCAUGUCCUCCUCGUCCCCUCCCACAGCCACCACCACGACCAAGCACUCGACCGCCAUGGUAGGCACCGCGACCGCCGCCGCCAAUGCUGCAAAGCAGCAGGCUUCCAAAAUGCAUCGCCGCUCACGCACAGGGUGCUUCACAUGUCGCCUGCGACGGAAGAAGUGCGACGAGGGAAAGCCCUCGUGCCGCGCCUGCAAGCACCUCGGCCUCAAGUGCGAGUACAAGCGGCCCAUGUGGUGGAGCAACAAUGAGCAGCGCCGCGGCCAGAAGGAGCUCAUCAAAAGCAUUAUCAAGCGCACCAAGCUCAACGAGAAGACGGCACAGGGCAGUGCCAUGACCACAAACACCCCCCCAAGCCUGUGCCAUUCGAUGCAGACUGCAGACACCUUCUCCGACGGCGUCAGCUGUACACGGGCGCCUUCUGUCGACUCGCAAAACUCGCUCGACUACACCUUCAACCCUGCUGCCGCUGCUGCUGCUGCUGCCGCCGCCGCCGCCUCCAUCGACUUCUACAACGCGGCCAUGCCCCCGCCCAGCUUCCCGCCCAGCUUCGCCCAUCCGGGCCACUAUGUCCCAUACGACAUUGACAUCAAGACGGAGAGCCAGAUGUUCAUCAACGACAUUCCCACUCGCCGCGACUCGACAAUCUCGUCGUACAGCCACUACCAAACCCCUCCCGUCUACCCACCAGACAACUGGAUCCAGCAGGACUACUUUGAGCGCCGCGAAUCCUUCACUGAGGAGCCUCUCGACUUUCCCAUCUUUGAAUACAACACAUAUGGCACCUUCAGCCCCUCGCACCAGCCGUCGAUCCAGGUGGACGACUGCGACCGACAUCUGCUCAGCCACUUCCUGGAAAGCAUCAUGCCAUCCGCUUUUCCUGUCCUGGAAACAAACCAGCCUGGUGCAGCGCAGCGCGAUGUCAUCAUCCCUGCGCUCGAGACCAACAAGGCAUACCUGCACUGCUGCAUGAGCAUCUCUGCACUACACAUGAAGACCACUCAGGGGCUUACGGGCGAGCAGAUUGACCAAGACAUCCAGCGACACCGCGGUGAAACCGUUCAACAGCUUACCGCAGCCCUCUACAGCGACAGCAACCACGGCCAGACACUCGAGGCAGCGCUCGGCAUGAUCUUUUUCCAGUGCUCCGUCGGCCGGUUCAACGACGGUCUCAUGGACAUCCCAUGGCACGGCCACUUUGAAGCAGUGCAGAACCUUGUCCACAGGCUCGAUCUCCCUGCGCAGAUGAUUGCCAUGAACGGACAGGCGCAUGUGCAGCCUCCCUUCAACAUGACACUGGCUUCGUGGAUUGACAUUCUCGGCGCCACCAUGCUGGGCAGGACGCCAUCGUUUGCCGACACGUACCGGGAGAAGCUCAUUGCAGACGCAUCAUCCGGCCUGGCAGAGCUCAUGGGAUGCGAAGACCGCAUCAUGUACCUCAUCUCGGAGAUUGCGUGCCUCGAAGCGCUCAAGAACGAGAACAUGGACGUGUGCCAGCUCUGCCAACACAUCAAGCUGCUGGGCGAACAGAUCAGCCUCACUGAGCCGCCCCAGGGCUCGCUCAACAGCGCCUACACGUCAACAGGCGAAAUUCUCCCCAGGCAGCUUCGCCGCAACAUGACUGCAGUGUACCGCCUAGCCGCGCGCAUCUACCUCUGCAGCCUAGUGCCGGACUUUGAUCGCACGUCGCCGACGUUUGUCAACCUCGUCAGCGCUCUCUGCAAGGCCAUAGAGUACAUCCCCGCCGGCCCAGAGGGAUUCGACCGCGCCCUGGUCUGGCCACUGCUGGUCGCUGGCUCCAUUUCGGUGCCGCAGUCUGGCUUCCGCAACAUGUUUGCUGAGCGUUCGGCCAUGCUGGGCGAGGCGGCAAACUUUGGAUCGUACGGCCGGGUCAAGAACCUCCUCGAGGAAGUGUGGCGGGUCAACGACGAAAACCUUGCAAAGGGCAACACCCAGAGUGUCCACUGGCGGGACAUGAUGCGACAGAAGAACUGGGACUGUAU